AUGGCAAUGGCUGAGCCAUCAAUCUUUCACAAUUUGGAAAUAGACGAUGGCCGAGAUCCCUCAGUCCAAGAAUUCAUCGAGAAUACCCUCGCAGCCCUCAUCAAUGAACUCUCACGGUCCCCGGCAGAGGCAAACAUCUCCAUCACCCUCAAGCGCAGAGCCAGCCCAAUUGCUUGCAUCAUCAACCCAACCAACGGAGCUUUGGAAGCGAGCACGAGAGUUGAUACGUACAGAAAAUACUCUUGGCCUGGAAAAACGGCACACGAGGCGUGGAAAUUUACAGCAAAAGGACUGGUGGCGGGAGAAUUUCGGUUGAUCCGUGACUCCCAUGUUUUGAUCGAUGCGCAGUCUGUCACCGGGGACAGUUUGAUUCCUCGCACGGAGGACGGAGACGAGAUUGACAUUUCACGGAUUCGCUGGGUAUUGGUCAUCGAAAAAGAGGCAGUCUUCCACCGGCUCGCGCGAAUAAGCUACCAAACCAGAGCACUAGCCGGGGAAGGGAUUAUGGUCACGGGCAAAGGAUACCCCGAUUUCAUGACACGAACGUUCCUGCGCGCAAUGUCCGACUCCGUAUCCAACCAAAGCAGACGUCCGCCCCGUUUCUAUGCCCUCACCGAUGGUGAUCCCCAUGGUAUGGCCAUCAUGUCGACGUACAAGUACGGCUCGGCGGCACACUUACACCAAAAUGCUCGCCUCAGUAUACCGAGGCUGCAAUGGCUGGGUCUUCGAGUAACAGAUAUCAUAGCAGUGCCGGAGGUACUUGGUGACACGGCUCUUCUUUCGUUGACAAAGCGAGACCGCAAGAAGAUUAUGGCUAUGCUUCGGAACAGCCCUGUCUGGGCGAGCGAUGGACCGGAGCCUGAAUGGCGUGCUGAAUUGCAGCGCAUGCUGGUUUUGAAUCUGAAGGCGGAGAUUGAGAUCUUGUAUGGGUGCCAAGGGGGGUUGGAAGGGUGGAUUAAUCGGAGGAUGUUUCGGCAGGAGUAA